GGGCUUCCCGUCCGCUCAGCCGUACUUAAGCCACACGCCGGGAGGUUAGUAGUUGGGUGGGUGACCACCAGCGAAUCCCUUCUGUUGUAUGUUUUUGGCUUUUUUCCCUUCCUAUUUACCGUCCAUGUUCUCCUUUCUUGCCUGGAUAUCUUAUUUCCAGGCUCUGUUUUCCCCCUUCAAUUGUCGCCUUACUAAACAUAAUCCCCGGGGUAACUAUAUACUAACACCCAAACAGCGUCUCCGGGAAAUCACAGACCUGACUUUAUCUCCCUCAAUCACCAAGGAAGAGAACCCCUACCACUGCAUCGGACCACCUCCGACCCCCACGGCAUCCCACUCCACCUCGGACUUCGCAGCGAUCCACUCCCUCCAUAAAUGGCGUCACUUCACUCGUCGGAAUCACGACACCACUCAAUUCGUAUCGUGCAUUCAAUCAAACAUGUCUAAACCAGCCAUUGGUUUUGUUGGCCUCGGAGCCAUGGGCUUCGGCAUGGCCACCAACCUCGUUCACGAGGGAUACCCCGUCUACGGCUACGAUGUCUUUCCGGCCUCGGUGCAGCGGUUCCAGGCAGCGGGGGGCACCCCAGCCUCGUCAUUGCGUGAAUCUGCGGAGGGAAAGCCUUUCUAUGUGUGCAUGGUAGCUUCGGCACCACAGGUGCAGACCGUGCUCUUCGGGAAUGAGGGCAUCGUACAAUACCUCCCGCAGAACGCAACCCUCCUUCUUUGUUCCACCGUCGCCGCCUCUUAUGCCCAAUCUGUCGCAGCGGAACUCGUCUCAAUUGGCCGAUCAGAUAUCCACUUCGUCGAUGCGCCGGUCUCCGGAGGUGCGAUACGCGCCGCAAAUGGGACUCUCUCCAUCAUGGCGGGCGGUUCCGAUUCUUCCCUAGAGAUAGCCCGAGAGCUGCUGCAAACUAUGUCUGCCGCGAGCAAGCUUUACCUUGUUCCUGGUGGGGUCGGAGCGGGCAGUAACAUGAAGAUGGUGCACCAGGUACUGGCUGCUAUUCACAUCUUGGGUGCCAGUGAAGCCAUGGGAUUCGCAGCGCAGCUAGGACUAGACGCACAUAGUACCGCAGAGCGGAUCAAGAGCUCGGAUGCGUGGACAUGGAUGCAUGAGAACCGUUUUCCGCGGAUGGUGGAAGAAGACUGGAAUCCUGGGGCGAGCGCGCUGACAAUUAUCCUGAAGGAUGCCGGAAUUAUCACCACAUCGGCUCGUCAGAGCCAUUUUCCGGUUCCGCUCUGUGCCACGGCAGAGCAGAUCUACCUUUCCGCUCUUCUGCAAGGCUACGGCCCCAAGGAUGACUCCGCAAUGGUCCGCCAGUACUACCCGCAUCCGAUCAAAGACGUCGAUACCACUUCGGCAAAGGAAGACCCGGAAUCCGCCAUUAACCUCGUACUUGACCUCAUACGGAGUGUCAAUCUCGUGGCAGCUGCCGAGGCCAUCGCCUUUGCGCGGUCAUUGGGUGUUGAUAUGGCACAGUUCUUCGAAUUGGUCAGUGACGCUGCCGGCGGAAGCAAGGUGUUUGUCACGCGAGGACUGGAGAUGAUUGAGGGUAAAAUUGGGGCGCAGGCACCAGCCGGGACAGAAACUGUGGACGAGGUGGUGAGUCGAUUGGAGACAGUGGUGCAGAAGGCACGGGAUAUGCACUGUCCGGUUCACCUGGGCAAUGCAGCGCUGAGCGUGUUAUUGUUGGCGAAGGGAAAGGGGUAUGGAGGGGAGGGAAGUACCAGCGUAAUCCGUGUAUACCCGUAAGAUAGCCACGGAAUCCUGUCUAGUGCGAAAUGAAUAAUGGCCGAUGAUCUCAUAUGUAUC